AUGGUAUAUGGAUGUGGCACGGUCAACCAUCCUUGUGCAAACAUUUUUGGCCACGUCAUACAGCUAGGGAAGCGAAAUUGGGCAAUUGUUGUGACCGAUGGUGAAAGAAUUCUUGGUCUCGGAGAUCUUGGCGCUUAUGGCAUGGGAAUACCCGUUGGUAAGAUGGCUUUAUACGUUGCACUGGGCGGUGUGCAUCCACAUCAGUGCCUCCCAAUUCAGCUUGAUGUUGGUACCGAAAACAAGGCAUUGCUAAAUGACCCUUGUUACACGGGAUUGAGAAGAAGGCGAGCGCGUGGACCUGAAUAUGACGCUCUCGUCGACAACUUCAUGAAAGCAGUAGUAAAAAGAUUUGGCCGCGACACACUCAUCCAAUUCGAAGAUUUUGGAAACGCAAACGCUUAUCGUUUGUUAGACAAAUACAAGGAGCAAUAUUGCAUGUUUAAUGAUGAUAUUCAAGGUGCAGUUCGACGUACAAAGCAGGAUGUAGUACUUGAGAGGAAAGACUUUCUUUCUGCUUACAGGAACGGCAGCUAUAGUUUUGGCUGGUCUUUUAACGACCUUAAGAGUUACCAAAAAGAAACUUCGUGA